UAACUGCGCGCAUGUUAGCUGAUCUCCAUCGACUUCACGCCACAGACAUGUAUGUGUGUUGGAGCAGCUGUGAAGGUGGAACGUAGUCACACAUCAGGGCUCCACGACUGCAGCCAACCGACUUGGUGACGCACGGGAACGCGCAGCUUCCAAUAAACACAUGGUUUAAAUCAUGGAGGAUCGAGCUUAAGCUGCAUCCAGCAGGUUUAAAUGUAACGAACGCUUCACAUCUGUAUAUGGUGAUCAGCACUGCUUCUUCGUAACAAUGGAGAGAGGUUGGUUUAUUGGACAUGAGAGGAUUCCCAGCAUGCCCUCAAGGCCCUGCAUGACGAUCAACUUAACCGAAAUGCUUCGAGCUGACAAGCCAAAUGUGGAAAAGAAGUCAGUUCCAAUCCGCCCGCCAAGCCCCAGAGUGUCCAAGCCAAGAGAACAAGCGCUUCGCCGCAGCCCCUCCUGCGAACCCACACCUAAACCCAUCAUCAGACAACGGUCACACUCUCUACCUUCUGCCACGGCCAAGAGAACGCAGUGCAGGAAUGUUGGCGUUCGGUUUGCUGACUCUUUGGGACUGGACCUGGAGGACGUCAGGCUUUUUAAAUCAGGAGACAAUCCAUUUGUGCCACAUCACGUUACCUUCAGGUUGUUGAUGGGUUCUGAGAUAGCAGAUGGGAAACAUCUGGAGAUUUCCUUGCCAUACAUGCAGCCAGUUUUUGCCCAACAACCGGGUGACCAGCCAGGAUUUUUGCAUCGUCUCCAUGAGCAGAAAGUGUGCCUGGAGAGAAUCUCGUGUUUUGAAUUUGGGGUCAUGGGAAUCACCCAAGUCCUCAACUUGGACUUUGAGAAAGAUGUCACAGCUCGUUAUUCGUUCACAGAGUGGAAGAGCUGCACAGAAACCAAGGCCUCUUGGGUGUCCACCAUCACCACGACCUGGGAGGGAGGAGGGGGGCAGUUUAGUUACGAUUCAUUUCGUUUCCAUCUGCCUGUCCCUCCGUUCCUGCAGCCAGGUGCCGUGUUGGAGUUUGCCAUUCGAUACAGAGUCUGUGGGGCUGAAUACUGGGACAACAAUGAUGGACAGAAUUAUAAGUUAGUUUGCCAAAACUAUAAACUCACUGUGCCUAAAGAAUGUGAGGAUAGCAUGGUGCACUUCAUUUAGGAUGCAGAAAAAAUCUAUUUCGAGCACUUUAUGAGAGCUGGCAGAGAAACCUAUAAAAAUACCUGCACAGUAACAUAAUGUUCAUUUUCUUCAUAGUGCUAACUGAGUUGGAAUGAAGUUAGACGCACGGCAAACUAGACGGACAUGGAGGGAAAUUAACAAGCACGAUUGCACUUAUACCUGAAGCCAGCUUUACUGUCACUCUGAUGUUUUUGUUUUAAAAAAUUGCACUGAAUUAUUAGAUUUUCCUCGUUAUUAAAAAUGCACUUUAGUAUAGCACAUCCAGUAGAAGUGACACCCACUGAGAAUUACACAAGUAUUCUGUGAAACUGAAAUGAAUGCACAUCAGCCCGCUGUUUUCUUCCAGCUGGAUCUUUGACAAAAAACUCAUUUUAUACAAAGCAGGGAUUUGGUCUGUUGUACCAUUCAUUUUCAAAUGUUGUCAAACCAAAUGCCCAAAGCAUGUAAUGGAUACAGUUUGAGUAUCUUGAAAUAAAUCAGAAAUGAAGGAUUAUUUUGUUAAUACAUUUUGAUAAACAACACUUUGCUGUGGUGUAAUUAAGGACUGAACAAUUUAUCAAAAUGCCAAUAUGGUCAAGUGCAAUAUCCAAAUUACAAAUCCAAAGAGCUGCAGUUUUUGAUAAAGAUAAACUGUGUCACAACAUAUCAUUAUAAAUUAAGCCUCGUGGUGCUACAGAGAUGCCCCGGCAUACAAUUCAUAUUCUGCAGACAUAAAUGAAUCUGGUUGAUUGGUGCUGGCCUCAGCAAAAAUCACAUCAUCAUUUUUUUUCCCUAUUUGAGGCAAGAAAAAAAAAGCCAUAUAUUGUGACUCAUAUCAAAAUCACCAUAUCUGCCAAAGUAGUUAUUUUAUUUUUUGGCAUUUUGUUCAGCCCUACUUAUAUUUGCAUUGAAAGCUCAAGUCCUACACCCUCUAGCUGUCUUUAGCGAGUUUCUGUAUUAUUUCUCGCUUAGCUUUCAUUUGUCAGCCUUCCUGAAAUAAAAUUCUGUUUCAGAUGUUGUAAUGACAGAAUAUUCCCAUGCAGAUAUUUUGUCUACGAUUUCAGCUGUAUUUGAAUAAAUGACUGCACACUAAAGGAAAAAGUUGAAUACAAACACAA